UCCGGCGCGGAGCAGCGGGGUGGGCGGCGGGGCGCGGGGGCUGGACCAGCAGAAGCCGGGUCAAGCCCGUGGCUUCCGAAAAGUCCUCAGUCUGCUGCUCGGCCUCGCCCAAAGGUGCAGCCGCCGUGCAGCGCCCCAGGCCGCCGCGAUGCCGUUCCUGCACGGCUUCCGGAGGAUCAUCUUCGAGUACCAGCCGCUGGUGGAUGCGAUUCUGGGUUCCCUGGGGAUCCAGGACCCCGAGCGGCAGGAGCCCCUGGACGGGCCCAGUUAUGUUGCCAGCGAGGAGAGCCGAAUCCUUGUUCUCACUGAGCUGCUGGAGAGAAAGGCCCACUCUCCCUUUUACCAGGAAGGCGUGAGCAGUGCCCUGCUGAGGAUGGCGGAGCUGGGGCUGACCCGGGCAGCCGCCGUUCUCCUGCGCAGCGGGGCCAGCCUCAACUUCGAAGACCCUGUCACGUACUACACGGCCCUGCAUAUUGCCGUCCUGCGAAACCAGCCGGACAUGGUGGAGCUACUGGUGCGCCACGGGGCCGACAUUAACCGGAGGGACCGGAUCCACGAGAGCAGCCCCUUGGACCUGGCCAGUGAGGAGCCCGAGCGCCUGCCCUGCCUGCAGCGCCUCCUGGACCUCGGAGCAGAUGUCAAUGCGGCUGACAAGCAUGGAAAGACCGCUCUGCUCCACGCCUUGGCCAGCAGCGACGGUGUGCAGAUCUACAACACUGAGAACAUCCGGCUCCUGCUGGAAGGAGGGGCAGAUGUCAAGGCCACCACCAAAGAUGGGGACACAGUGUUCACCUGCAUCAUCUUCCUGCUUGGGGAGACUGUGGGAGGGGACAAAGAGGAGGCCCAGAUGAUCAGCCGCUUCUGCUUCCAAGUCACGCAGCUGCUGCUGGCGCACGGGGCCGACCCCAGCGAGUGCCCGGCCCACGAGUCCCUCACACACAUCUGCCUCAAGGGCUUCAAACUGCACUUCCCGCUCCUGCGCUUCUUGCUGGAGUCCGGAGCUGCCUAUAACUGUUCACUGCACGGGGCGUCCUGCUGGUCCGGCUUCCACAUCAUCUUUGAGAGGCUCUGCUCCCACCCAGGCUGUGCCGAAGACGAGAGCCACGUGGACCUCCUGCGCAAAGCCGAGACCGUCCUGGAUCUCAUGGUGACUAAUUCCCAGAAACUUCAGCUGCCUGAAAACUUCGAUAUCCAUCCUGUGGGUAGCCUGGCAGAAAAGAUCCGGGCCCUUCACUUCUCCUUGAGGCAGCUGGAGAGCUACCCUCCAUCCCUCAAGCACCUGUGUCGCGUCUACAUCCGGCUCUAUCUUCAGCCCUGGCCCGUGGAUGUGAAGAUCAAAGCCCUGCCUCUGCCCGACAGGCUAAAGUGGUACCUCCUUAGUGAGCACAGCGGUACCACUGACGAGGAAAUCUGACCACCCCCAGACCGAGGGGAGCAGGGUCUGGGCAGCUCAGCCACUGGCGGAUUUUGGCACCUGCAGCAGCCUUAGGGGAGAACCCUCUGGCCUUCCAUCGGAAGGUGGAGGUUGGGAGAUGAAACUUGAUCCUUACUGUGUACCAGGAAAGCCAGGUGGAGCCCCUCAGCCGCAGUCAUUGCGGUGGGAAAGGGCCCUGUUUCUCCAGGGCGACCGCUCCCCUUCUGUUAGGCAGAACCCCCAAGUCUCAACCACGCUGGGAAAAGGGACCAGGUGUAGACUUGGGACAAGGGUACACCCUGUUCUUCUGCGGGGAGCAUCAGGCAGGGCAGCUCUCUCGGUCCUGUGAGAGCCGCAGGAAGCUGGUCUGUCUUGCAUGGGGCCCCAUUGAAGCCGGGGGGAUGUGUGCUGGGCCUGUGGGGGCACAACCCUGGUGAGGCCCAUCAUUCCCGUCUCUCCCCACGUUAGAUUUUUAGGUCACUUGGAGCAGUGCUCUCGCCGGGCUAGGGAGAAGGCUGAGCUGACCCUGCCGCCUUUGGCUGCUCUGGGGCCAGGUUACCCAUGGCCCGGCCCAAGGCACGGGACUGGAAGCUCUGUCUGUGCCAAACCUGGGAUCUCAGGGGACGUGCCUUCUGCUGAAAAGCAAUCCUGUGUGACCAGGGACAGUCCUUUCCAAAAUGUCUCAUGAGGGGUUCAACUGAUGAUCAAAGCUACUAAUGCUGUAGGCUGACUGUGCGGUCCACGCCACACCCUCACGAAGCCAGUUUCCAGUCACGUGGGUCCUUGUGAAUUGUGUGGAUGCCGGGGAGGCGAGCUGAGGCAAGUGAAGGAUACGUUACACAGUAAAAUCCUGCUCUUGGCCUUCAAGGUCCUUGUAUGACAUUUUGGCCCCCUCCCCGCCCUUCCCCAGCCUAGGACCGAGGCUCCCACGGAGAAGAGGGGAGAGGUACGAGAGGCCGGCAGCACCUAGAGGGGAGUUUCCAAAUAGCACCGCACUGCAGCCCCAGUAAAGAAGAGCACCAGUCCAGACCGGCUAGGGCCUUCCCAGCACAGGAGUCACCCUUUUAUUUUUUGAUGAAAAUGUUCACCGAGGAGGAGCUGCAAGGCACAGCCAAGAAUGAAGCCACAGACUCCUUCACUGGAGACCACGGGGAUGAUCACGUCAGGGACACCAGGGCUCAUCACCAAAUAGGCCUCAGCACGGGGUCGUGCCCAGCAGCUGAAGGCUCCUCACCUCCCCGCGAGGGGAAAAAGUCCCAACAACCGAGAGUUCUCUUCCUCUUAAGGCACCCAGGCCUGUGGCUGGAAGGCUGGGUGGUGGAACGGGAGAGCCAGAAAAUCUCCGCUUCUGAGGGGAUCACUGUAUUCCCACACGGGGAGCACCAGGGACCCUGGAGUCCCGUGGUCUGCGCUGUCUGGUUCCUGCCUCUCACGGCAGCAGAGCUGGGCUGCAGCCUCAGUGCUCCGGUCAGGGGCGCCCCUCCCCACUGGGCCCCAUUAGGCCUUUUGAAAAAGAGUCUAGUGACCGACGGCAGACAGGUGUAUUUGGCAGUCUCAGUCCACACUCCCACACCAUUGCUGGGGAGCCUCUGGGUCUUGCCCGGCUGCCAGCCCCCCACCCCACGCUGGUCCUUUUCUCCUGCUGGGCCCUGCUCAUCUCAGAGCCAAGCUAUAGACAUGGUAGAUCUCAUCAGGGAGGUUCUCCUGGCGCUCCUGGGCUAGGAGGCUGAGGCCCGCGCUGCGGACGAUCCUGUGGACGACCUCGAGGUCCCGGCACACGCUGCUGUCCACGUCAUCCAGGAUCACACCCUCCUGCGCCAUGUUGUCUUUGAUGACAAUGAUGCCGUUGGGGCGCAGGCCCUGCUUGCAGCGCCGCAGGAACUCGGCCAGGUGCUGGUCAGUCAGGUGGCCUGGGGACAGCAGAGGCUGGGGUCACUAGGGAGGGAGUGGUGCCAAGCACGCACCCUCCGCUGGCCGUGUCUCUCGACCUCUGCUCAGACUUCCCAAGCUCUGUCUAAACACAUGGGGCCUCCCCAGCGCUGGGCAGCCCAGAGAUGCUUAUCGAGUCCCAUGCUGUGUACGAGGAAGCCAGCUCAGAAGUCACUCACCCAAGGGCUGUCACAAAGCACGAGCUGCGACGCCACCCUGACUGGGGGACUUCUGGGCCCUGCCCGACACCUACGCUCUAGCCAUCCCCCCUGCCCUGAGGCCUGGAUUAGGGGUUCUUACCAACCCAUUCCUAACCUAAUUAGAACUCCAGACCGGCUCUGAGGGACCACAAAGGACAGGGCCAGACCCAGCAGGACUGCGGUGUCUGCUGGGGAGUGGGUGGCCAACUGCGGGUAAGGUGGCCCGCCUGCCAGGGCAGCGGCCAGGGACGAGCACCCCGCGUGUGCUGCGGGGCUGAGCGGGUGCAGGAUGGGGCGGCAAGGCGUGGCUCCCUCGCUGUGAACAGUGGGGACAGCCAAGGCUUCACUUCCUCCUCUUAUUAAAAAACACUUUUAAAACUCA